CAACCUCAACCAUCAGCAACCAGGCUCCUUUCGCGAGGUUCGAUAUUCCUUUACCUGCACUAUCGCAAUUGACCCGGACUCUGUGGUUGAUAACGGACCAUCGUCAGGCAAUUUCUCUGAGUUAUAUUUUUCGAGAGGACCAACGCGCGCGCCCUUGUUGAAACCUGACGGAGUAUCAUCAUUACUUAUCAGCUCCGCUUUCACCCGCGCCCCGUAUAUAGCUGGUCGCGCGAUAUCCUUCCGCUCGCCUUCUCAUCUUCUUUGACGCAUCGGACCAGCAGAGGGUUGAGCUAGCCGCUGUCUAUCACUAUCUACAAUGGCAUCCAGCUUCCCCGUGCGUCAGCUCUCUGCUAGGCUUGCCAGACGGCAGCCCAGGGUGUACGCCCCCACUCGACGAUUCCAAUCCACAGUCCCUACGCAAACACAGAAUCCCGCAUACCCUCUAUACCCAUCCGUCAUCACGCUCUGCCACGAGAAAGGCAUCCCGGAGUCCGAAAUCGCCAAAAUCCCCGCUUCAGGCCCCAAGGGCCGUCUCCUGAAGGGUGAUGUCUUAGCAUACAUUGGCUCUAUCCCCGCAGACUACCCAUCCACAGAGGCGGCGCGAAUCGCACACAUCCAGCACCUCGACCUGAGCAACAUCAAGAUCGCCCCUCCACCCAAGCCCGCAGAGCCAACGCCUGCUGUUGUUGAAGAGAGAAUUCCUGCACCACCGGCCCUGACUUCGGUUGCGGUAUCAGUCUCCCUAGCCGCUGUACUGUCAGUCCAGAAGAAGAUCCAAGAGAGUCUGGGGGUCACGAUCCCUCUGGCGACCUUCCUUGCGCGAGCAACGGAUGUUGCAAACGAUGACCUGCCCCGCGCAGCGUCUGAGAAGCCCUCCGCAGAUGAGCUGUUCGAGGAAUUGCUGGGUGCUAGCCCCAUUCAGACUACUCGUGGUGACUAUGUCCCAGAGAUCAACACCGUUGCGGCACCCACGCCUGCUCCAGCUUCGCCCGUUAAGGAGGACCUCAUUGACUUCUUGGCCGGAAAGGUGACCAAGAAGACAACUGCUCUGGGAUCGGCUCCUGUGGCACCCGGUGUCGCUGAAAAUGUAUUCAGCCUGACAGUCCCUGUGGGUGAGGAGAGAAGAGCCAAGGCGUUCCUGGAGCGGAUUAAGACGGUGCUGCAGGGUGAGCCUGGAAGGCUGAUUCUGUAGUCUUCCCCAAAAUGGGAAUGGAGGAAGAGAGACUUGCAAUGUUUAUUCGAGUAUAAUGCAUAUAGUGUAGCCCAUAAUGAUUACCCUUGGUUUGAUCCCUAUGCUAUCAGACGUAUUUAUUCUCUUACUAUGUAAGUCCUGG